CAGCUGUUGUGACAGCAAGCAAUAAAAACAGUCAAAAGAUAAAUAUUUUGUACGUUGAAACAUUUCGAUUGCAUUCAGUCAUCAUCAGAAAAAAAGGAAAUAAAAAUUCGCCGGCAAAGUGUUAUCAAAAUGAAACCGAAUCUUUCGACAGGAAUUACUGUUCUUCUCUCUUGUGUCUUAUUGUGUGAAGUUCAUUGUACUCUAUCGCCGUCAAACAAAUCAAAAAAAGGAUCGAAAACAGGCAAAGACAAAGACUUCAAGAUUAAACUCGGACCGCAACAGUUCAGUGUAUUUGACCGAAAUCUCAUCGAAGAUGAACCGUCGGCAAGGGAUAUUUUAGUGGAGAGUGGCUCUUAUUAUGAGGAAACCGAAAAUCGAUUGUUCAACGGCACUGUUCUUGGUUAUGUUACGUCGUGGAACAAUCAUGGCUACGAUGUGGCAAAGAUUUGGGGACCAAAAUUCGAUAUAAUCUCACCCGUUUGGCUACAAAUUGUUCGUCUGCCGAAUGGCGACUAUCAGAUGAAUGGCGAACAUGACGUCGAUUCGGGUUGGCUGAAGGACGUUCGAAACGCCGCUCAUAAUAAGAAUAAAAUCACACCUCGAGUCCUGUUCGAAAAAUUCUCCGACAAGGAUUUUUCCAAGCUUCUCACGUACGAAAAGGAACGGACAACCGUCAUAUCACUCAUCGUAAAAACAUGUCAAAAGCACAGAUUCAAUGGAAUCGUGUUGGAAAUUUGGUCUCAAUUAGCAGCUCGAGUUGAAGACAAACAUCUCAUUGAUUUUGUAACCGAAAUUGCUAAAACCCUACGUAGCCAUAACAUGGAAACAGUUCUAGUCAUUCCGCCCUUCCGCAAGGAGAUGUACGAUUUAUUCUCCAAGCAACACUUCGAUACGCUUUACCCUGUGAUAUCCUGGUUCUCGUUGAUGACGUAUGAUUUCUCCAGCAUUCAACGACCAGGCGCAAACGCACCCCUAAAAUGGAUGAGAAAUGCUGUCGAGCACAUAUGCCCGGAUUCGUCUCCAAAUUUGUCAACGAGACGAAGUAAAAUCUUACUCGGCCUGAAUUUGUACGGAAACGAUUUUACGCCGGAUGGUGGCAGUGCGAUCAUUGGUCAUGAAUAUUUGAACUUUUUGAAAUAUGUUAAGGGGCGCCUCAGCCUAGACGAAACAAAUUCGGAGAAUUUUUUCGAAGUCAAGACUCCGACUGGUCGACACAUUGUGUUUUAUCCGACACUCUAUUCCGUUCACGAAAGAAUUCAACUGGCGAGAGAGCUUGGCACUGGAAUUUCUCUGUGGGAAUUGGGACAGGGUCUUGAUUACUUCUACGAUCUAUUCUAGUUUCUAGUUUUGUUAUUAAGUUUUAACGUUUGCAGCACAUUUGUCAUUUACAGCUAUGAGAGACACGCGAGAAAAGUAAAAGUUUUUAAAAGUUGAAA